AUGGAAGAUAAUAAAGUGAGAGGAGGUAAACCGAUUCAAUUUGCUUCUUGGUCGAAUCAAGUGGCAUCCUUAGAAAACGGUGGCAGCGACGUACAAAGUGUUAUUCUAAAAGCUUCGAAGUUGAUCCGACAAUUGAACGAUAACGGGUUAAUGAGUCCAAUGGAGGAUGAGCAUUCACAAACUUCAUCUUCACAGGAGACACUUAGUAUUGAUAAAGAAAUUGGUGAAGAAAGCCGGAUGGAACUUGUCCAAGCAAAAGGUGGUAACUCUCGGAAGGAAGUAGACAUAUAUUCUGGAUUGAGGGAUUCCGCAUAUGCUAGGGAGAAUAUGCUAAACGUUUUGCAAUCAUUAGUCUCACAUCUAAAUCAAGCUGUUGCUCAAAUACAACAGUUAAAAUUUAAGAAUAUGAUUCUUACUUCAAAUGAAAAUAAUAUACAAUCGAGACAUGAAGUGGAAGAUAAUCUUCAGAAACAACAAUUUGAAAGAAUAAAAUGUCAGUUUCUGUUGGACCGUCAAAGUUUAAAGGAUCAAUUACGAAAGCGAGACAAUAAAAUUGUUAGAUACAAACAGAAAAUCAUCGAAAAGAACAAAAAAUUAAAUAAUCUGGCGAAAGUUCUUAAUCAGCAUGCUAUAUCCGAUACAUCUCAAAUAGAUAGUUUUAGUAGCUCCAUAAAGAAAACACCCUCUUCGACCAUUACGCCCCAAGAAACGAAGUCGGAUAUGUUGAACACUUUAGGAAUAUUGGCCACGCACGUCUUGAAAGACGAAAUUGAUGAUGAUUCUGGAAAUCAAACGAUUCUGCAACUGGCUGCGGGGAGUAUCAGUAACGAUUAUAACACAACGGAAUUGGAAAUUACGUGCAGUCCCGAAAUGGGGAGGUCUGCCACACAAAAUCGGUCGGAUAGAAAAGUUGAAUCUGCUCAGGGUUUACAUGGGAAUAGAACUCUUCAGUUACCCAAAAUGAAAAGUUUCAGCACCAUAGACGGUAGCAUUAAAGAUAUUAAGUGA